ACUCGCCACUCGGUCGCCUGGCAGAAAUUUUGCCGCGAACUCUCGCGCGUUCAGUCGAGCACUCAGUCAGCCGAGCGCUCCGUGCAGGCUGCUCCCCAUCUCCAGCUGACGUGGUUGCUAAGGAACGAGACGCGGCAUGGCGACGGGCAAUCCAGAGACAGUGAUGAAUGGCGAUGCGUUGGAUGUGUUUGCCAACGCGCCGUCCUCCUCGUCGAGCUCCGAGCUCGGUGACGAUUUCUCUCAGCUAAAGUUGAAUGACGACCGAGGCAGCAGCGGCUCGGCGGUCGUCGAGAAGUCGGAGAAUCCUUGGACACGCAAUGGCGAGGAGAGCAAAGAGUGUCACGUCCAGAACGGAGCGGAUUUGGUAUCGGCGGGAAAUCCAUUCACGGGCUACAACACUCGACAGCUUGAUAUAUCAAACGGAUUUGUUGGCGUGGCGAGAAGUGUGGCGUCUUAUCGCACGCCGUGGAGCACCGAGUCGAGUUCUGGAGGUUCGUCCUUCUCGUCUCGACCUCUGGCGACCGCACAGAGUCUCAUGAAUCAGACGAUGCCGUGGGUCGAGGCGCACGAGGCAUGGGUCAACGCAACGAAACGCUCGAGAGCGACCGCAAUGGCGACGUCUCAAUAUGCGACGGCUGCGCUGCAGCGUCGUGCACGCAUCAACUCGCUGCCCGUCGACUCGUCGAGCGCCAUGUUCAAUUUCUAUCCAAAAUCGUCGCGACGAGUUGCCAGUCCGAUCGAUCCGUUCGACGGUGUGUACGGCGGCGAUCCGACCAGCGACUUCCUGGGGUUAGGAGCGGUUCCCGACGUGACGAACGACGUCUUUCUGCCUUUCUCUGCAUCACAGCGUGCCUCACGAGCGGCGCAACUGUACGGUAAAGGGACAUCGGCGAGUUUCAGCGCGGACGGCGACUGUAAGAAGUUUAGUACGCUGGAACAUCAGCUUCUCAACGCCUUCACUCAUGUUCCAGGUUAUGAGGCACCUCGUGGGCGUUAUUUGUCUGAUGCUCGAACUGAUGAAGAGUCCUUCCCGUCGUCGGUUUCUUCUGUCGACGACCAGUUUCUUCCGUCUCCGAGCAGUCCACCUCGUGCUGCUCGUUCACGACAGCUGCCUAUGACUGAAUGUUUCAGUCGAAAAGUCUUCGUAGGGGGCUUGCCACCUGACAUUGAUGAAGUUGAAAUUCAUGGGGCUUUCUGUCGUUUUGGAGCCCUCACUGUAGACUGGCCUCACAAGGCUCAGACAAAGUCAUAUUUCCCACCUAAAGGUUAUGCAUUUCUUCUCUUCAGAGAGGAGUAUUCAGUUCAGAGGCUUAUUGCCUCGUGUGUUCAAGAGGAUGACAAACUAUUCUAUUAUGUCAGCAGCCCUACUCAGAAAGAAAAACAGGUCCAGAUCCGUCCGUGGUGUCUCGCGGAUAGCGACUAUGUGAUGGAUCGGUCUCAUCCUCUUGACCCAAGAAAGACAGUGUUUGUUGGCGGAGUGCCACGCCCACUCCGAAGCUCCGAGUUGGCCAAGAUCAUGAACGAGAAGUUUGGCAAUGUUUGUUAUGCCGGCAUUGAUGUGGAUCCUGAGCUGAAGUAUCCGAAGGGCGCUGGUCGUGUUGCCUUCUCCAGCCAGCAAAGCUACAUUACCGCUAUUAGCUCACGAUUCGUGCAGUUACAACUUGGAGAUAUUGACAAGCGGGUUGAGAUAAAGCCUUACGUUCUUGACGAUCAAAUGUGCGAUGAAUGUAACGGGAUGCGUUGUGGUGGCAAGUUCGCUCCAUUCUUCUGCGGCAACGUCACGUGUCUGCAGUACUACUGCAAGCAAUGCUGGGCAGUCAUUCACUCCAUGCCUGGUCGACAGAACCAUAAGCCAUUAGUGAAAGAGGGAAAUGAUCGUCCACGUGCUCAUCUUUUCCGCUACUAAUACAAAAGAGUAGCUCUAGUCAUGUCAUGUUCAAGUCCAUGUCACUUAUUUUCUAUCAUAGCAGCAUAUUUCCGUAGGACUAUCUGUAAAUCCACACAUGGGCGAUAUUUUCAAUUAUUUUGUGUAUGGGAGCUUUUGUAGGCCUCAUCCAUUUGAUUUUACCUGUUCUAUUUUCGUUGCUGUUCAUCUGAGCAUGGUUUGUAUUGCGGUUUCAUUGGCCGAGAAUGGAGUGUGCUCGUUAUUUCUUCUAAAGAGACUGAGAUUUUGUAGUCUUAUCUUGCUCUAUGUGUACUACCCUACCAGUAGUAUGGAACUCACACUGUAAUUUAUUACGUUUUUAACGUAGCUGUUAGAGUAAGUGUUGUCAGUGACGAAAUACACCAAGAGCACCAAU